AUGUUCCCUCAAUCCGAAGAACUCCGUAUCCUCACGCCGGUAGGGAUGCUGGGCUAUGGGUACGAUCACUCUCUCUUCUGGGCCGCAAUUUCUGAGGGCGCACAUGCCAUAAUUUGCGAUUCAGGUUCAACCGACAGCGGACCGGCCAAACUAGCACUCGGAACCAUGUCCUGCCCCAGAGAUUUUUACACCCACGAUUUGGAGCCGCUCAUACUUGCCGCUCAUGAAUUUAAUGUGCCCAUCAUUGUUGGUGGUGCCGGUGGCGAUGGAUCCAAUGCACAUGUGGAUGUGUUUGUGGAGAUAACCCGGGAGAUCGUGAAGCGCCGAGGCUUGCGAUCCAUGAAAGUUUUGACAAUCUACUCUGAAAUCCCCAAGGAAAUUGUACACAGCGAGCUGGAAAAGGGCGAGAUCAUACCAUGUGGAGAGGCUGUUCCUGCACUUUCCGUCAAGGACUUGGAGGAGACCACUCGAGUGGUUGCCCAGAUGGGCUAUGAGCCCUACCAGCGAGUAAUGGAUGAGAAUCCCGACUUUGACAUCAUCAUUGGUGGUCGCUCCUAUGACCCUGCCCCUUAUGUUGCGUUCUGCCGACACAAAGGGUUCGUUGAUCUGGGUAUAGCCCACCAUAUGGGGAAGAUUAUGGAAUGCGGAGCGUUGUGUGCGCAACCCAAGAGCCGUGAAGCUUUGGCGAUCAUUCGUUUCCUUCCAAGUAUCCAGAAUUAUGUCCGCUCGGCGUGCAAAUUCGAGCAUGAACUGAAACUGACAACUUAUGGUACCAAGGACGAAAUCAGCAUGUUUCCGGAAUCUGACACAACUCUCAUUACAUCACACUCGGCGACAAUUGCGAUCCACGGAGAUGCCAGAGCGAAAGCGCAAGACGAAGCCACUUGA